GUGGAGGAGACAAAAAGGCUCCGCAGAAGGCCUUCAACCAACGGAGGAGCCGCGGCCUCACCUUCAAGCGUCGCCCGACCCAAGGAGCCCCAGCAGCGGCUUACCUCCACCAGACAGGUCCCGGUACAAAGAAGACCUACAAUGGAUCCCAGUGCUUUCUGCGGCAUCUUUCUGGGUCGUCGGCCGUGGACACGACGGAAAUCAUAUAGCAGUCAGUCGAAUCGAUGACUUGUUGAGGAGUAAGGACGCCCAGUCGUUACGUUGUUUACGAUGACGUCAUGGUUUCCAAGGCAACGGAACCUCACAGCUGUUUCCCCCCCCACCUGGUCUGAAUCGUUGUAAAGAUUUUAAUCCACUCAGCCUGAGCAGGGGCAAAACACAACACCUGAGGCAAACAUGGGCCUGUUGUCCAUUCUUCGACGGAUGAAACAGUCUCCAGAACAGGAAGUGCGCUUGCUGUUGCUUGGCUUGGACAAUGCUGGCAAGACCACUCUGCUGAAACAGCUUGCAGCUGAAGAUAUCAGCCACAUCACUCCCACACAAGGUUUCAAUAUCAAAAGUGUUCAGUCAUCUGGCUUCAAACUAAAUGUUUGGGACAUUGGAGGUCAGCGCAAGAUUCGCCCUUACUGGAGGAAUUAUUUUGAGAACACAGAUGUGCUGAUCUAUGUGAUCGACAGCUCAGACAAGAAAAGAUUUGAAGAGACAAGCAUGGAACUAGCUGAGCUGCUGGAAGAGGAAACGCUGGCCGGUGUGCCGCUGUUAAUCUUUGCUAACAAGCAGGACCUGAUGACAGCAACACCGGCGUCCGAGCUGGCAGAGAGUCUCAAUCUGCACACCAUCCGGGAUCGUAUGUGGCAGGUCCAGGCGUGCUCAGCCAUCACAGCUGAGGGAGUGCAGGACGGCAUGACCUGGGUUUGCAGAAACAUAGCUUUCCGGAAAAAAUAACCUUGGAAGGAGAAAAGCUUCUUCAAGAAUCUCUUUGCACUUUAUAUUUGAACUUGAAUUUGUUUUGAUGAAACGAUGGCUUUAUUUAAAAUUGUCUUCAUCAGGCAGCAUCAAAUAUUUUAUACGUAGGAACAAUGACACGUUGGAACUGUCAAAGCAGCUAUUGCACACAUUUACUUUUUUAUCCUUGUCAGUGUUUGUCUUGAAAUGUACAUACUGUAUAUAUAUAUAUAUUACAGUUUUAUUCAAACAGCUGGUUCUGCACAUGGUGCUUUUUUCAGAUUUGUCCCCUUAAAACAAGGGUUCUUGGCACUGACUGUCUAAAUAAAGUGUUUUGAGUGGAUUCUUGUCAGA